UCGGGAGUGUGCGUGGUGGGUACGUGUGGAAUUUUUCAAAUCGCGUAUUUUUCUUCGUGCUGUGCUUCCCUUUUUCUCCCGGGAUACCUUCUUUCUUACAUUCUUUCUUAUCAUCUUUCAUAUUCCUUCCAUCAUCCGUCGAUAGUCGAUCAUGAGAGAAUCUGUAAUAUUCACCACAUGCCUGCUGGGUAUCGUGUUCGCUGGAAGUCCUAGACUGCCCAGGACCUCUGCCGAUGAACGCAAUACCCGUAACGUUAGCAACAAUGGAGGCAACGUCACUGGAAACACGACACCUAGCCGCAAUUCUCAACGAAACAGGGAACAAUACCUUUUCAACGUUUUCGAGGUGAUAGUUUCGACUUUGGAAUCGAAAUUACAGCGAAUCGAAAAUUUGGACAAAGCGGUGGAACAUUUGACAAGAAGAGUAGAAGCUUUGGAUUCGCGCGUGAACGAUAAUAUCGAUAAAACCGACGCGGUUAUUACGAAGCUACGAACUUUGGACCUGAAGCUUUUCCAUCCAGCGUCUACCGACGAAACGAAAAGCGGCUCGCAAACGACGGUUCAUCACAAACGGGAAAAUCCAUCGUCCGAGACCCUCGGUGAACAAUUACUGUCGCUCGAUCAGAAGGUAUCGGAUAUCGAUAAUAAAUUGAUCGACUUGAAAAAUCAACUGGAUAACAAUCUUUUACAAAUCGACGACAUAAACGCCGAAGCGAGUGAGAAAAAGCCAGUCAGUAUGAGCGUAAUCGAAAUCACGAAAGCGAUGAGCAACGAAGUAAUAAAUCACAUUACGAUCGAGAUUGAAAAUUUAAGGCAAGCGACGAAUAACAUGGAUAGGAAAUUACAGUUCCACGUGAAUCUGGUUUCCGAUCGUUUGGGAACUAUUUACAACAUGAUGACGGACGUGCACGACGCGAUAAGAGGGACGCAAAUGUUCAAUCUCACGACGACAACAACAGCAACAACCACCACCGAACCACCACCGAAGCAUAGUAGUAGUAGUAGUAGUAGUACCGUGGACGACCUACUGCCAAAAUCCGACGAACUGCUUACGCAAACUCAAAGGCAAGAAAGGGCGAUCAACGAAAUCCACGCGGAUCUAAGAUCGAAAACGAACAAGAUCAUCGAAAAUUUGGAAGGAGUGGAAAAUAGGUUGCGCAAGCAAGAGGACGACGUUGCCAGCCUCGCUCAACGUCCAAUCCCCGCGGAACUGCUUCUCGAUCCCACGAUCGAUCGACUCGUCGAAUACGUGGGAUUAUCGGAAGAUGUACCAACCGAAACUACCAUUCUACCGGCUACGCCAACUACGAUUGUUUCGUCGUCGGUUUCAAUGUCCAUGUCUUCUUCGACUUCGUCGAAUACCGUGAAUAACAAUUUGAACAACAUCGCCGGUACCAACAAUAACUCGAUCGGUUCAACUACCAGUAGUCCCUCUAGCUCUCAACGAUCCUCGUCUAAAAAUCGUGGCGUUAUAUUUCCAAGUGUAAAAAAUAAACCAAGUCCGGCAAAUUCAACCUUUACCACCGACGCGUUUCUCAGUUACAAGGACGUUAAGGGAUACUCGUGCGUCGAUUUAUCAAACGCAGGCAUGAGAGACAGCGGUGUUUAUUAUCUUCAAAUUCGUGGAACAACUUAUUGGUUCCUCAAGGUUUAUUGCGAACAAGAUAUCGCGGAAGGAGGAUGGACGGUGAUUCAAAGAAGAGACGACUUCGGCGAGCCAAGAGAGAAUUUCAAUCGAGAUUGGGCGGAUUACAAGAACGGUUUCGGGGACCCUGCUAGAGAAUUUUGGCUCGGCAACGAAAACAUAUAUAUGUUAACGAACAACGAAGAUUACACGCUCAGAGUGGAACUGGAAGAUUUCGAAGGUAACAAAAGGUUCGCUCAGUAUUCUCAUUUCAAAAUCUAUUCGGAGGGAGAAUAUUACAAAUUGGAGAUCGACGGCUACGACGGAAAUGCGGGAGAUUCGUUGAACGAUCCUUGGUACGGUUCGAACAACAGUCCAUUCUCCACGUACAACAGGGACAACGACAGGUCCUCGUUGAAUUGCGCUUCUAUGCUGAAGGGAGGAUGGUGGUGGAAGUCGUGCGGACGGGGAUUAAACGGUCUCUACUUGAACGAUCCUCAAGAUUUGACAGCUCGACAAGGUAUCGUAUGGUUCCGCUGGAGAGGUUGGGAUUACACCUUGAAACGUGCCACCAUGAUGAUCAAACCAAAAGGACCGACGACGACGACGACGACGACGACGACGACAACGACGACAACAACAUCAACAACGGUAUAGGCGGUUACGACGAACAAUCUUCUAGAAGAAUUGUACUACGUAUAGCAGUUACCAAAUAUACUACGUGUAAGAAUAUGUCAACAACGACAUAGUUAACUGGUGCAAUAUUACGCCUACGUGAAACGUGGACUAUAAUUUGUAUUAUAAACGUGACAUAUACGUAGUACCACGAUUAUUUUUAAUAAAUCUUGUACGACGAGUAACUAAAGAAAAGAGGAUCUACAAGCAAGAUUCGAAUACC